AUGACAGAAGUACAUGAGGAUCACGGAGUUCCUGACUCACAGGUGAAUGUAUCACCGAUCUCUACAGCUCCAGCGGAAACUACACAGUCCUCUACGAAUAGGUCAAUGGACUAUAACUCUGGCGAACAGUUAUUUCACCAGGAGCAAUAUGAGGAAGGCAUGGAGGAAGAUGCCGCCUUAGCGUCAUUUGUUCCACUCGAGAAAUUGCAAGUCAACGGUAUAACGUCUACUGAUAUUAAGAAACUAAGAGAAAGUGGUCUCCACACUGUGGAAGCUGUAGCAUAUGCACCCAAGAAAGACUUACUAGAGAUCAAAGGUAUAUCUGAGACAAAAGCAGACAGACUGUUAAACGAAGCUGCCAGGUUAGUGCCCAUGGGGUUUGUCACAGCGGCUGAUUUCCACAUGAGAAGGUCAGAAAUGAUCUGUUUGACCACAGGAUCUAAGAAUUUGGACACAUUACUAGGUGGUGGUAUCGAAACUGGUUCGAUCACAGAGCUGUUCGGUGAAUUUAGAACAGGUAAAUCGCAAUUAUGUCAUUCCCUUGCUGUGACAUGUCAAAUACCGCUGGACCUGGGUGGUGGUGAAGGAAAAUGUUUAUAUAUAGACACAGAAGGUACAUUUAGACCAGUACGAUUAGUAUCAAUUGCCCAACGUUUUGGUCUUGAUCCCGAUGAUGCACUAAACAAUGUUGCUUACGCUAGAGCAUACAAUGCAGACCAUCAAAUGAGGCUUCUUGAUGCUGCUGCCCAAAUGAUGAGUGAAUCACGAUUUUCUUUAAUAGUAGUGGACUCAGUAAUGGCUUUGUAUAGAACCGAUUUUUCAGGUCGUGGUGAAUUAAGUGCAAGACAGAUGCAUUUGGCAAAAUUUAUGAGAGCAUUACAAAGAUUGGCAGACCAGUUUGGUGUUGCUGUUGUAGUCACAAAUCAAGUGGUAGCCCAGGUAGAUGGUGGUAUGUCUUUUAACCCUGAUCCAAAAAAACCUAUUGGGGGUAAUAUCAUGGCACAUUCAUCAACGACAAGACUGGGCUUUAAGAAGGGUAAGGGAUGCCAAAGAUACUGUAAGGUAGUUGACUCUCCCUGUUUACCAGAAGCAGAAUGUGUAUUUGCAAUUUACGAAGAUGGUAUAGGUGACCCUCGUGAAGAAGACGAGUAA